AUGUCGGUAGCAUCACUACGAUACUUAUUUACUCCAGAGCUUCUGGACAGCCGUUUGUUGUCAGAUAUUUCUGAUACGACUCAAAGAGAUGGAGCAGCGAAAAGGGAGGAGAGUUCUGCCUCGGGCAAGGCUCCAGCAAAGAGAACAUCACCGUCGAGAUGGCAGACGCUCGAAUACUUUGUCUACUAUAUCAUAGUCAUCAUUGCCAUACCGUCAAUGUUCAAAGCGGCAUACGAUAUAUCGAAAGAGGACCACCCAAACUACCUAAGAUACUCGAGCAUUCUUUCCAAGGGCUGGAUUCCCGGUAGGAAAGUUGAUAAUACGGAUAUGCAAUAUAAAGGGUUCCGAGACAAUAUACCAAUUCUAUUUAUCGUCUUGCUUGGUCAUUCCGCUCUCCGGAAACUAUCGACGAAAAUUUUGGGAAACGGGAACAUCAACAGUAGGAUACUUUUCGAUAACUUCUUCGCAGCGGUUUUCCUCCUGGCGCUUCACGGGAUAAGCUACUUUAAAGUCCUUUUUUUGAUGGCUACCAACUACGCAAUCGUAAAAUACUUUGGUCCUUCGAAAGCUACACCCUUUGUCUCCUGGGGUUUCAAUCUCGCCUUCUUGUUUCUCAAUGAAUGGAAUCGCGGUUAUAUGUUCGGCCGUAUGUUCGGGCCAGAAUACGGAUGGAUUGAUAGCAAGUAUGGAGGUAUCAUGCCUCGCUGGGAAGUCCAUUUCAACUUUACUAUGCUUCGCAUAAUCAGUUUCAAUAUGGACUAUUAUUGGGCUCUAACCACUGGGCCGGAUCUUGAGAGGAGAAAGAGGCCGCCACCAUCCCAUCAAUCGGACAAGGAUCGUGUAUCCACUUCUCAUCCUCUAAGUUACUACAAUUUUUCGACUUAUCACGCUUACUGCUUGUAUUCGCCCCUCUAUAUCGCCGGGCCCAUCAUAACCUUUAACGACUACGUAGCUCAAAAUAUUCAUGCUGCUAGACAGGCACUGCCCCCGACGAAUUUCAAACCAGUAUUUUUCUAUGCUAUCCGGUUUUUACUGAGCCUUCUUUGUAUGGAGCUAGUGCUCCACUAUUGCUAUGUUCAAGCUAUCUCCAAGGCUGCUCACCAUCCUUACAAUGCCUGGAUUAACGAUACUCCUUUCCAGCUCAUGAUGAUUGGUUACUUCAAUCUUCACAUCAUUUGGCUGAAACUAUUAAUCCCGUGGCGUUUCUUUAGGCUCUGGUCUCUUGUGGAUUCUAUCGACCCACCUGAGAACAUGUUGCGAUGCAUGAGCGACAAUUUUUCCGCCGUCGGGUUUUGGAGAGGUUGGCAUAGAAGCUAUAACCGCUGGAAUAUCAGAUACCUCUAUAUUCCUCUUGGAGGAUCGAAAAAACGACCAGUAAUUAAUAUGCUGGUGGUGUUUACAUUUGUUGCCUUGUGGCAUGAUCUCUCCCUAACUCUCCUAACAUGGGGCUGGCUGAUUGUACUCUUCAUUCUUCCUGAGUUGACUGCCCGAGCGUUGCUCCCGUAUAACAAAUACGGCGGGAACUGGUGGUAUAGGCCGCUCGCUGCUAUGGGAGGAACCUUGACGGUUCUGACCAUGUGCGGGGCUAAUCUUGUUGGAUUCGCCCUCGGUGUUGAUGGUGUUAAGCAGCUGAUAUACGAUGGUAUUAUAAAUGCGGGCUGGGCAGGCGUGGUCUUCCUGGGAGGAACAUUGGGAUGUCUAUUCGUUGGCAUUAAUCUGAUGUUUGAGCUUAGAGAGGAGGAGGCUAGAAGAGGUUUGUUCUUAGGCUGCUAA